AUGGAUUACAGCAUGACGUCAGCAGGCCAUGCGUCCGUGCACCCCGCGGGCAUCCCCUCGCUGGGCGGCAGCGGCAAGGAGAACGAGACGCUGCAUGCGUGGGUGGCCUACAACGCCACCGCCUCGCUGCUCUCCGUGCGCCUCUCCUCCUCGCCCGCCAUGCCCUCCUCCGCCCUCCUCUCCCUCCCCUUCAACGCCUGCGACCUCUUUCACUCUUCUCCGGAGGAGGAUGGCGGGGACGGUGAGGCCAUGUUGGUGCAUGCGGGGUUUGCAGCCGGCACGGGGCUGCUGCCGCUGCACACUCAGACGCACGACAUCCUCUCCUGGUCUUUCCAGGUCGACACUAAAGCGCCGGCGCCUGUCCCAUUGUGGCAGCCGCAGUCUCUCUCCUUCCCUUUCCUCACGCCAGCCGCCCGCUUCACUGCCUUGGGUUCCACUCGUCUCACCUUCUCCUCGCUGCAACUUACCCCGGGAAACCAGGAGGAGGAGGCAGGCGCUGCUUUCUUCCCCCUCCCCCUUCCCCUGCUCUCGCUCCUCCCCCCCCAUGCGACUCGCAAGAAGAAGGGCGGAAAGACUGAUGCGCUGGUAUGCAAGGCCCGAUCCUUCACCUCGUGGUUCCCCUUUGAGCUCAAGGGAAGGGGAUUUAACGGCUUUGGAGUAACGUUUGUGCUAACUACUCGGCCGGGUGUGGGGCAAGGAGGGGCGGCAAUGGGGUAUGGGAGAGAUGCGCAAGAGAGGGAUGCGAAUGGGACGUGGGCGGACGGAGCGAGGAGUGUGGCGGUGAUGUUUGAUGCCUUCAGCGGCCUUGAUCCUAACCAUGACGUUAACAAGGAUGUGGCGAUUCUCUCCGUUCAUACUGACUUUAACGUAACAAAUCCGUUGGCGUUCUCCUCUCAGAAGCGAUACCUUUCUUCACUGUAUAGCAUGAGGGUGGACUAUACGGCUGCCACUAAGACACUGGAGGCAUUUACUUAUAAAGGGGCUACGAGGAUGGGGAGUGUGAAGCUGACUCUUGACCUGUGCUCUGUGUUCUAUGAUGGCAAUAGCAGCACCGAGGGAGUGAUUCCGGUGUUUGCAGGGUUCAGCAGUGCCAGCACGCAGGCGUGUGUUCAGUCCAUCAAAGCAUGGACCUUCCGAUUCACAGACGUCAACCCAUGCACGGCAUGGGACGUGAAUCCAUGCGGUGCUGGCAGGUGCAGUGCGGUGCGGUCCGCAGCCACAGGCACAUACACCAGCACGUGCUCGUGCCCUCUCAGCCAGCCCAGCUACAAGCUCCCCCAAAUGCCUGCUUUUGAAACGUGCCACAAUGAGUUCCCCGCAUGCCGUCUUAACAGCACUGGCACGUGUGCGCCUGGGGUGUGCGUGGAGGGCUAUGAUGCCUCCUCCUUCUGCCUCUGCCCGCCCGCAUUCUUCCCCCUCGACUACUCCAAACCCCUCAAGCAACCCUGUAACCAAGUGAGUGCGUCUGCCACUCGAGUGCCCUUCUUCCCAGCGCCCCCCGGCCUCACAUGCCCUCUGCUGCUCGACAUAUUUGACCUCUCACCUCAAGAGCUGCUGGACAGCAACCAGGACUUGGCAUGCCACAAGCCCAUACCUCGUGGGUUGAUAGUCAACGUGUCGGCAUCUGCCAACAAGAGCUGCACCAGCAUGUAUACCACCAACCAGGGUGACACGUGCAUGUCAAUCAACACCCUUCUUGACACCAACAUAACAAACUUAAACCGUAACAUUGACUGCUCGCAACCUCUCGUCCCUGGAAAGCGCAUAUGUGUGCAGAACAACACCAACGGCCGCACGUACCCAGUGGAGGCCUGCAUGAUUCAUCAUAUUCUCGAUCCCGAAGUGCACACGUGCCAAUCGCUAUCCAGAUUAGGCGUUGGGUGGAGCCUCUUGGGCUACUCUAAGCUUUUCAGAAUCAACCCGGCCCUCUACUGUGACCAACUGCUGCCCGGUGCAGCUGGCCGCAAGCGCCUGCUCUUAGUUAUCGCGCGGCCAAGGGUGGCGUCCGCUGGAAACAGCAGCAUGGGGAAGGGCAAGGCCGUGCUUGCGCUGUUCGCCGUCAUUGCCGUCAUCUCUGCGAGUCCCCUGCAGGCGUCCCAGGCAACAGCCGCAGCAUCGAGUAAGGCGGCGAGCGUGGUUGGCACGUGGAUGGAGAUCAGCGGCCGCUCUCGCACCUUCAACGCGCGCCGUUGUGCCGCCAUUCCAGCCUUGCUAGCCGUCCGUGGGAAGAGGACAAUGCAGGUGUGGUGGCUGAAGGCAAACAAGACUGCUUGCACGGCGAUUCAGUUGUUCAAAAGUUCCAAGUGCACGGGGAAGGUGGUGGACACUCUCGCGCAAGGCGAGCAGAACACCACCGAUUCUGCCAGCAGCACCGCCGAUUCUGCCAGCAGCACCUCCGAUUCUGCCAGCAGCACCACCGAUUCUGCCAGCAGCACCGCCGAUUCUGCCAGCAGCACCGCCGAUUCUGCCAGCAGCACCUCCGAUUCUGCCAGCAGUACCGCCGAUUCUGCCAGCAGCACCACCGACUCUGCCAGCAGCACCACAGCUCUUUCUGAGUACCCCGACGAGGAGAGUAAAACCACGGGCAUCUGUGGCAGAGACAGAGUCCCCCCGUGCUUGGGGGGCACAUGCAUCGACCGCGGCGCCGGCAGCAUCGAGAUGUGGACCUGCGUCUGUCAGCCCAACCACGCCUCGAUUGCCUACGACUGUCUUGACACUCGAUGCUACGUGUGUGAUCAGAAAUGGAAGGCCAUUUCAAGCAUCACAGUGCUAGGCAGCAACUGGAGGUGCAAGGACGUGUACGCCAUCUAUGGCCUCACGCUGCAGCAGUUCACCGACUUGAACCCAGGUAUCAACUGCUCCGCUCUCCUUCCUAAGGGUAGCGAGCUCAUGGUGAAAGAGCUUUUGUCAAACUGCUCUGCCUUCUACUACGUCCAGCCGGCCGACACAUGCUCGUCCGUGGCUCAGUUUCUCAGCAUCGCUGAGGAAGUGCUGGUGGCGCUCAACCCCGACAUUACAUGCCCUUCUAGCCUCCCCGCGUUCCGCGCUCUUUGUGUGGAACGCGACCCAACCAAGGCCAAGCCGAGUUGUGUGAAAGGGAUAACGAUCAGCCAAGUGGUGAACUUCCAGCAGGUGGCAGCAUCCAAUCGAGUCACCAUGGUGGACCUCUGUAGGCUCAAUCCCUGGAUCUCCUUCCGCAAUUCCCUGCGCGAAACUGAUAAGGUAAGUUUGAGCACAUACAUAGCUUCUCUACUGUUAAGGGUGUAG